AUGUUCGAGGACUUCUCCUUCUCGUCGCCGUCCUCGCGACCGGCUCGUCUGGCAAUCGAUACAGACGAUCGGCUUAUGGUCGACUGUGAUAGCGCGCUGAUCUCGCCAAUGUCAUCACGUUGCCCGUCGCCCUCGCACCGGUUCCGCACACUGUCUCGUUCGAGAUCCUCCUACUUUCGCUCCCAACAGCCACCUCCGACCUCGGUGCCAUUCUCUUACGAACAGAAGCGCCUUUCAAUUUCAACACUUACGCAAAAACUGCAUGAGCACACACUUCAGGGUCCAAAAGGUGAGCGUCUACCGGAACAGGGGCGCCUCAUGCACGACGGAACCCGAACUCGAAAUCGCUACUCCGGGUAUAUCCUUACGCCACCCGACACGGACCACGAUGAAGAUGGACAAUAUGAUUCCUCUCCUUCUUUGGGUUCCAACCCGAGUCCAACAUCCAUCCCACCGGACUUUCCAUCUCUAGACAAUUUCGAUGUCCCCAACUUCAACCCCAACCAGCCGGACCACCGAAACAUUCGGAUGCAAAGGCAACAGAUUUCACAAUUGCAAUGCGACGAGGGCGAGCUUGACGCCAUUCGCCGCACAGUCCUGUCCGAGGAAUCCUACGGGCAUGGACCCGACGUCCCAGUCGAAGACGAUUGCCACCCUAGCUCACUGCCGCCACGGUCCUCGCCACGCCGGAGAGCAUUGACAUUACAUCGCAGUCGAUUCGGGCCAGACUCGUUUGCUGCCGAGGCUCGAGGUCGGAGGAAGAGCACAGCAGGACCCGCGCAGUCUCACCGAAUCGAGAAGAACCAUUAUCCCUCUCAUACGGGACGGGAAGCCUCUAAACGGGGUGACCAGGGACUUCGUCGCAAGAGUAUGGUCAGCGCGGCGCUUGCAUCUGUCGUGGAACGUUCCUAA